GUUGCUUGGAGAGGGAUCGGAGAAGACAGCAACAGGACUUGUAGGCCAUGGGGCAGGGGCUUAGCACAGGAUCCCUGGCCUCUGCAUCGUGAUAACGCCAAGCCAGAGCGUGCAGGGACAGCUUCUAGGGGUUGGGGGAGGAGGGGCCGAGCUGCCUGAGCUGGGGACAGCGGCAGGGUGGGAGAGGACCAGGAUCAAGAGCCCUCCCUGCACCCCAGGCAAGGGACACCAGCUGCACCCAAGCCUUGACCUCAGCCGACCCUGAUAGCCCACAUAGAGCACAGGGUCUAAUUUUAGCUGAGCCACAGGGCCAGCAGCCCAGGAGUGCCUGUCAGGGCGAACAGGGGUGGCCAGGGCACCUCUGGGGCUGCUCAGGCAAGAGGAUUGGGGAGACCACCCCUGCUCCUUCCAGCCCUGCACCCUGGCCAAACUGCCUCCUAUGGGAGCCCUAACGGGUCCCCCAUGGCCUGGCAGACAGUCCUCCUCUCCAUUGAGGGCUGGGUCAGGGGGUGCAGCCAUGAGGGCAGAAGGCCACAGCCUAGCAGUCAGGACAGGGGUUGCAUCAGCCUGAAUAGUGCUCAGGGGCGGGAGGCCCUGCUGGUUGUCCAAAGGCCGAGGAAGCGGAGUCCUGACCACAGGAAGCCAAGGCCAGAAAGCUGGUCCUCCCCAGCCUCCUUGUGCCUGGUUGGUGACUCGCUGUUUGACCUUACACAGGCAGCCUGCUCUUGAUGGGCCUCGGUCUUCCCAUCUAUACAAUGUGGGUGCUGAACUAGUAGGUUGAUCCCUGCUCCAGCGAUCCACCCUCAGGUCCCCAACUCCUGCUUCCCCCAGCCUUGGCUGUGGGUGGCCACAUGCAGCCGUGGAGAAGGAAGGCCCUCUGGCUGGCACUGUUGGCCUCCUGGCUCCUCGGCCUCCUGGGAGUCUUUCCCCUUCUCCACCUGGCAGUGCCGGCCAGACCUCGGGCAGGGGCCCCCAAAGGCUGGCCCCGCUGGCUGGAUGCAGAGCUCCUGCAGAGUUUCUCCCAGCCUGUGGAGCUCCCAGAAGAUGCCCUUCAACCUCCUCUAGCCCCCCGUAGUGGCCACUGCAACUGGGGAGCUUGCUUUGACACCUCGAAGUGCAGGGGUGGUGGCUUCAAGGUCUUCGUGUACCCAGCGGCUGAACCCGUCUCUGAGACUCAGCGCAGGAUCCUGGCUUCCGUUGAGGGGUCCCGCUACCACACAUUCAGCCCUGCCGAAGCCUGCCUCCUCCUCCUCCUCAGCCUGGAUGCCCCUGCUGGAGAGUGCAUCCCGGUGCCCCCACAAUGGAAUGGGGGCAAGAACCAUCUGGUCCUCCGGCUCCACUCAGCCUCCUGCUCCCAGACCAUCCAGCUGGGACAGGCGAUGGUGGCCGAGGCCAGCCCCAUAAUGGACACCUUCCGGCCUGGCUUCGAUGUGGCCCUCCCGCUUCUCCCUGAAGCCCACCCGUUGCGAGGUGGGGCUCCUGGCCAGCUGCGGCAGCACAGCCCCCACCCCAGGGUGGCCCUGCUGGCCCUGGCAGAGGAGAGGGGCGGGUGGCGCAUGGCAGGCACCAACUCUUCUGCUUGCCUCUGGGAUGGGCGCUGUGAACAGGACCAUGGACCCGAGCAGACCCGCCCUGGGGCAGCGCUGCCCAAUGCCACCUUCUGCCUCAUCCCUGGCUGCCGUCCUGAUGCCUUGCGCUUCCUCCAAACCCUGCAGGCUGGCUGCAUCCCUGUGCUUCUCAGCCCUCGCUGGGAGCUGCCCUUCUCCGAGGUCAUCGAUUGGACCAAGGCAGCCAUUGUAACUGACGAGAGGCUCCCACUUCAGGUCCUCCUGGCUGCCCUCCAGGAGAUGCCCCCGACACGGGUCCUCGCCCUGCGCCAGCAGACCCAGUUUCUAUGGGACACCUACUUCUCCUCAGUGGAGAAAAUCAUCCAUACCACUCUGGAGAUUAUUCAGGACCGGAUCCUGGGCGUAUCUGCUCACCCCUCGCUGUUGUGGAACAGCCCCCCGGGGGCACUCCUGGCCCUGCCCACCUUUUCUACAAGCCCCUUGGACUUCCCCUUCUACCAUCUACAGCAGGGCUCUCGCCCUGCAGGCAGGUUCAGCGCCCUGAUCUGGGUGGGGGCCCCAGGCCAGCCCCCGCUGAAGCUCAUCCAGGCGGUGGCAGGCUCCCAGCACUGUGCCCAGAUCUUGGUUCUCUGGAGCAGUGAGAAGCCGCCCCCACCCAGGUGGCCUGAGACAGCAGUGCCUUUGAUAGUCAUGAAGGGGCCCAGGAAGGUCAGUGACCGCUUCUUCCCCUACAGUGCCAUCAGCACCGAUGCCAUCCUCAGCCUUGAUGCACACAGCAGUCUUUCCACAAGUGAGGUGGACUUUGCUUUUUUGGUGUGGCAGAGCUUCCCGGAGCGGAUGGUGGGCUUUCUGACGUGGAGUCACUUCUGGGAUGAGGCCCGGAAUGGCUGGGGCUACACUGCCAAGAGGUCCAACGAAUUCUCCAUGGUCCUCACCUCGCCUGCCUUCUACCAUAGGUACAGAUGGAAAUUCCAGUCAUCAGGAUCUGAGGGCCUGAGACCCCCCACCCCGUCUUUAAACCAGGAGCAGGGUGGCAUGGGAGUGAAUACAGCAGUCAGCCUAGAGCCCAGAAAUACAGGUUCAAGGCACAGAUCUGCCAUUUCCUAGUUGAGGCUCAGCUUCCUCACCUGUAAAACGUAUUCACUUCACAGGGCUGGUGUGAUAAUCAAGGAGAAAACCAAAUGAAGUGCUUGGCACACAAAUGGUCAACAAAUGGUAGCUAGUGUUAUUUUAAAUACAGCUAUGCAGAGGGUCUGGAAGGUGUUUGGGUGUGGUAGUGGUGAUGGGGGGGUGACAAGAGAAUGAUCCUGAUGC